GAUAAAAUCAAAUCUUAGUGAAACUAAACUAGCUAGUUAAAGCAAAGGUCUAAGAGAGCCCCCAAAAAAGAUAAAAAAGACUCACAAAGACAAGGAAGGUUUAAUCAAAUUCGUAUGAAUAUGAUUAAAGCUUAGCUAAGAAAGACUUGGUGGAUGUCUUUUACAUAGAAGAUAGUUUGAACUAUGUUUUUUUUACCAGCCAUGAUGUCUCCAGAACACUACUGUUUUCAGUCGUCGGGAUUCUGGCACACCACCGUUGUUGCAAAUUUAAGAAACCAUGAAGUUGCUAACUUCGUGUUGUUGCAUAUUUUUAUUAUCCAUUCGCAUAACAAAAACGAAAGUUUUUCGUCCCCUUUAUCAUAAUUAGUUUUUUGCAAUAAAUGUUGUCUGCAAACAUUGAUAUUGAUUUACUGAUUUUAUUUGUAAAAAAAACUAUUAAAAGUUUAAUAUUUGGAUAUUCUUAUUCCAUAGGUAAAAAUCAGCAUGAGAACGGCCGGACUCGCUCAUGCAAAAAUACUAUCAAUCGUACAAAAAUCCAACACAGAGUCAAAAAAGUGGUGAGAAAGUAAAUUGUUGAUCGGGUCAAUGAACUUGCCACUAGAGCAGAUGGGAAAGACAAAGAGACCUUCUUGACCCUUGUGCCCUAAAUAAGUAACCACUGACAAAAUAAAUAUUUCAUCCGUUUAAUAAUACUCGAUGUUUUGUAGUAAUGUACAAAUAUUAAAAAAAUUAAUUUCUCUAAAAAAUAUUUUAAAUAUAUAAUUUUAAAAUCAGUUAAUUAAUUAUAAAAGAGACAGUAGUUUUCAAUAAAAUUAAAAUUAACUUUAAAAUUUCAAAACUUCAUGUAAAUUAAAACAAAAUAAUUCUUCUAAAGCAUCAACUAUAUUAUAUCCUAGUCAUAUAUAAUCAGAAGAAUAUAUAUCCACUAAUUUUGUAAACUACUCAUAUAUUAAGUAGUUAUUACAAAGGUUUUUAGAACAUAUCAUUUCAUUUAUCCUUUAACGCGUAUACUUCAACGAGAAAACAAAGAUCAAUAAUGCAUCUUAUUUGUUUUGUUCAAAGAUAACAUAUAACAUUUCACGGUCCCCCUUUGUUUUUGUUAAUUGUGAGCUCAUAUGAUGCAAUAUAAAACGGAUAAUUAAUUAACAUUAUCCUCUUCAAGUAUCCAACCCAUAUAUAGAUCGUGGAUGCCGUUCGUUGACAAAAAAAAAAGGAUCGUGGAUGCCGUUUAAAUAUCCUAGAAAACAAACUUGAGAUGACGAAUACUGUUUGAUACCUUAAUUAAUCAUUCAAGAUGUAUGCAUGAUUUAUGGCACAACAAUUUUAUAUACAUAGACAAAUAUUAUACAUGUCAUGUUUUUUAAUUUAUGAUAAAUAAGUAACACAUACACGAACCUUUUUUCUUGGAACAUGCAUCAAAUAUUCUAUUAACAGACAUUAUUUGGUAUGCCCAAAAUCAUGUGUAUAUCUACAUUUCAAUCUGCACAUGUGUGUAUAAAAAGGACUUGUGCGCAUUAGCCCAUAGCAUAUUCAAACGACCUUAUAAUAAUUAAAGUGAAACUCAGAUAGUAAAGGGAAUCUAGGGCCGAAGUGAUGGUUUGUAUCCUUUUCGGUAUUUCAAAACCUUUCGUGCGGUAUAUUUUCGGUUUGGACUUGUUAACCGAAACGUCGACUUCAGCGCGUUACUUGUUUUCUUCAACGUCGUCGAAUGCGGGCUCUAGAAUUAUAAGUGAAACUUCUCUUUGAGUUUCUUCUCUCCUCAACUAUUUCUUUCAUCUGUUAUGUUUUAGUUAUUUUAGUUUGUUGCCAAAUUUCUCUUAAAUUGUAUUUGAUUUAGCCUAUUAGACAUUUAAUUUUUAAUAUAAUCAGUUGUUCAAAAAAGGACUUGUUAACCAAACUCAUUCUUGGAUUAGUGGAAAUGAUGUAACAAAAAUAAACCAAAAUCAAAAGAUAAAUUAAUGCAACCAGCAGUUGAAAAUAUGUAUGUUUAUGUACACUUAACUAUAAUAUAGGUAAUAUUUAAAUUUAGAUAUAUCUCAAAAGAUGACUCCAACAACUUAAGUUGAUAAACGCGAGAGUGAAAGCAACGUCCGUGUGGCUAAGUAUAAACACACUGCAACAAUCACAUUUUUUCUAGUCAAAAUCGUCACCACUUUUCUUCCGCACCAUUUAGGUCAUCGUAGCCACAGAGUCCUCAGGUUGACCUCCUAAUUUAACAUUAUAAUUUAUUAGAGACUUAUGUAUAUAAUAUCAUUUUAUAAAAUAAGUAGGCUGAUAACACAUGAUAAAAUCCAAAGAUAUCCAUCCCCCUCACUACUCGUCCUUUAAGUAAAACAAAUAUAUUUUAUAUAUUAUAAGUUCAACAAAAUAUGGGGAACAAACAACAAAAGUUUAUGAUUUUAAGAAGCUAACCAACAUUCAAAUCUAUGUUUGUUCAUAUGGUGUUAUUAUAUAUAUUUGGGGUAUCAUGGUUUGCUGGAUUUGAUAUGUGUAAAGCUGUUUGACCAGAUAAAUGGUCCACAGGUUCGGGUACUCGGCAGACCGCGUUUCAUAAAGAAGGGACGUACUUUCGUCCGAUUAUUCUAAUAGUCAACCGGAAAUUAGUAUUUAUCGAAAUUGCUUAAAAAAUAAUUAAUACUUGUUAAAAAAAAUCUAUACUGUUUAUAUUUAAAAGCCUACUACCACUACUGCAACUACACGAUGGAAAUAAAAGGGAUCGAAAAGGCUUUCUUGGAUAAGGCAUAUACGUUGCUCAAAAGUCAAAAGGGGUAAGGCAUAUACAACUUUGAGAAAAUGAAAUAUGGGUCUAAUAUAUAUUCAGAAGAAAAGACCCAUAAAUUAGAUUAUAUUAGGCCCAACUCGCGUCAGUGCGUUUAUUGCCACGUCAAAACCAGGAGAAAGCGGAAGAUAUAUUUGCUCUGAGAGUUAGUUUGACAGUUUCAAUUUCUUUUUAUGGGAAAGCGAAGCUAAAGUGAAAGAGAGAAAAUAGAAAGGUUAGCCAAUAUUAGAAAUCAAACAGAGAAAUGUAUCUAUCGGGUGGGAUGAUGAUGAUGAUGAAGAAUGUAAGAUUAUCUGUAAUGGGAUGGGUGAUGGUGUGGUGGUGGUGGGGUUCGUGCAUGGGGAGGUUCGUGGUUGAGAAGAAUAGCCUGCGAGUGACUUCACCCGAGUCCAUCAGAGGAAUUUAUGAAUGCGCCCUUGGCAACUUUGGUGUUCCACAGUACGGCGGAAGCAUGUCUGGCUCUGUGGUUUACCCCAAAGCUAACCAGAAGGCUUGCAAGAACUUUGAGGAUUUCGACAUCUCUUUCAGAUCUAGAGUCUCUGGAUUGCCCACAUUCGUUCUCGUCGAUCGAGGAGAUUGUUACUUCACCUUAAAGGCCUGGAACGCGCAACGAGCGGGUGCUGCGACAAUAUUGGUGGCGGAUAACAGGCCGGAGCCACUCAUCACCAUGGACGCCCCAGAGGACGAAACAGCAGAUGCGGAAUACCUGCAGAACAUCACGAUUCCUUCAGCACUGUUGAGCAGAUCUCUAGGGAGCGCCAUCAAAACUGCCAUAAAUCAAGGAGAACCCGUCCGUAUAAGUCUGGACUGGCGGGAAGCUCUUCCACACCCGAACGACCGAGUAGCCUACGAGCUAUGGACCAACAGCAAUGAUGAGUGUGGAUCCAAGUGUGAUGCACAGAUCCGGUUCCUUAAGAGGUUCAAAGGAGCGGCUCAGAUUCUCGAGAAAGGAGGAUACACUCGCUUCACUCCCCACUACAUCACCUGGUACUGUCCUGAAGCGUUUCUAGCAAGCAGACAAUGCAAAUCGCAAUGCAUCAACGGAGGAAGGUAUUGUGCUCCUGACCCUGAGCAAGAUUUCUCCAGAGGAUACAACGGGAGAGACGUGAUCAUUCAGAAUUUACGCCAAGCUUGCUUCUUUAGAGUGAUGAAUGAAAGUGGAAAGCCUUGGAUUUGGUGGGAUUAUGUCACCGACUUCGCCAUCCGUUGUCCCAUGAAACACGAAAAGUACAACAAACAAUGCGCCGAUCAAGUUAUUCGCUCUCUUGGAGUCGAUGUGAAUAAAAUUGACAAAUGCAUUGGAGACAUCGAAGCAAACACUGAGAACCCCGUUCUCAGAGAUGAACAAGAAGCACAAGUUGGGAAAGGUUCGCGAGGAGAUGUGACAAUACUACCAACUAUUGUGAUAAACAACAGACAAUACAGAGGGAAGUUGGAGAGAUCUGCGGUUCUUAAGGCCCUUUGCUCAGGGUUCCGCGAGACGACUGAGCCACCCAUAUGCUUAACCGAAGACAUAGAAACCAACGAGUGUUUACAAAAUAAUGGAGGGUGUUGGGAGGAUAAGACUACCAACAUUACAGCUUGCAGGGACACUUUCAGAGGACGAGUGUGUCAAUGUCCCAUUGUUCAAGGUGUCAAAUUUUUGGGUGACGGUUACACACAUUGUGAAGCGUCAGGGGCAUUGCGUUGUGGGAUAAACAAUGGAGGAUGCUGGAAACAUACCCAAAUGGGAAGAACAUAUUCGGCUUGCCGUGAUGAUCAUUCGAAAGGCUGCAAAUGUCCACCUGGAUUCAAGGGAGAUGGGCUGAAAAACUGCGAAGAUGUGAAUGAGUGUGAAGAGAAAACAGCGUGCCAAUGUCGCGGCUGCAAAUGCAAGAACACAUGGGGAAGCUAUGAAUGCAGCUGCAGCGGAAGCCUGCUUUACAUCAGAGAGCACGACAUUUGCAUAAGUAAGGAUGCAAGAGGAGACGUAAGCUGGGGGGUGAUAUGGAUAAUACUAAUGGGUUUGGGAGCAGCUGCUUUGGGAGCUUACACGGUUUACAAAUACAGAAUCCGGACAUACAUGGACUCAGAGAUAAGAGCGAUAAUGGCGCAAUACAUGCCUCUCGAUAACCAUCCCAACACUCAACCUUCUUCUCAGCUUGAGUUGUAAGAACAAAGGCUUCACUCAUUGCAGCUUCAAACUUCAAGCCUUAAUUUGAUCAUAUAUAUAGGGUUCUCUUACGUUUAAUUUAGCCAUUGUGGGAAGUCCUUUUAUGCUACUUACUGUUUUUAUAUCAUAGAUGCUAUAAAACUAUACUGGCCAGGUCCAUCCGAUAGUUGGGCCUUAUAUAUUUAUUUUAUCCUUUUGGUCGGUUACUCGUUUAUAGUACACCACAACAUUUUCGUAAUAAAAGAGUACAAUCUUUUUUCUUAUCUUCCAUUUUGUAGAAAUGGCAACUUCAAUACCUAACAGUGGGUUGAAAAUUUCAUCGUGAUUCACAUUACAUCUAACUCUGGAACAGAGCUGAACAUUGUUUUUUGAUCUUUGUAAUGUGUAGUUUUUCUUCUUCUUUUUUUGCUAAAACAAAUAUUGAAAUAAAAGCUUGUGCCAAUAAAAGUGCAUAACAUUUGUUAAUGAAUGUAAGAGAUGUUAACAUAAUAAAUGUGAAUGUUGCUUGGGAAUGAAACAAAGGUAGAGAAGUCUUGAGAUCGUUUGGUAGGCAUGUAUUUUAUCCUCAUCAUAUCACUCAUUAUCCCUGUUUAUUCUUCUUUCUUUCUUUCUCUAACUUUUGUUCUUUUUGUUUAUUUUCCCGAUUCAAUAAUAACAAAGGAGUUAUUUUCUACUGAACCAGUGUGAUCCACACACUGAGAAAAACAAUUAAAUCUGACUUUUAAUUUAAGUAGAUCACAGAAAAAACGAGGAGCGAGCUAAAGUCAACGGGAAGAUACUCAGUUGUAGUGAGCACCGUUUACGGCACUUUGUGCAUUGAAGUGGUUUUAAUUAAAUGACAAGUAAUCAAUUUUGAUAAGAAACAUAUGCAAGUAGUAGUGCUUGAGGUGUGGUGGAAGCUAUACGCCAUCUUCAUAAAUCAUUUCAGUUGUAAUAUACUAGUAGUAUUUUUUAAAAAAAAGAAAGAGAGAAAUGAUGGCGUAGCAUUGCAUGCUCUGGGACAAGAAAGAAAGAAAGAAAGAAAGGAUCCCUUCUCUUCUACUCCAUCCGCUUUGCAGCUUCCAUAUAGUAUUAUUAUUUGAUUCAAAAAAAAAAAAUCUGAUUCUAUGAUCAUAAGCGUGACCGGUUUAAGAUUAUUAAUUUUUGAAAGAAAAAGAAAAAAAGUAGACAAAAGUGUUAAAGGCGAGGAGAAGAUUGUCCCCAGGACUUGAGAGAGAGAAGUCAUAAAGCCUCGUCUCCGGAGCUUACGCCGUUCACAGCACAUUCUCUUUAUCUCUCUCUCUCUCUGCCUUUUUUUUCCAAAUUCUCUCAGCUCUCUCUCCCCGCUAAUAAAAGCUUCUUCGAAAUUAUUUUAAUAACAAAAACAACUUUGGAUUCGGCCAUCACCUUCCCUUUUACUCUCAAGCUGCUGCUUUUGUUUUUCCUCUACCUCCUUUGUUCAAACUCUCCCUCUUCCUCUGGGAUUAUUAUCAUCAGUUCACUGAAACCUUUUUAAUUAUUUGGGAAGCAGAUGACU